UAUAGUGGAGAAAAAACAUAUAUUUCGUUACGGUUCAAUCAAUGUGAAUGGGGAAACGUUUCACGUUUCUUAGUCGAUGCGAACGAACGGAAAAGCCGCGGCCUCAGCAGUUGCACCAUACUUGUCCGAACAGACAGAGUACCGAGCCCGCUACUGAAAUCCGUUAAAAUAAUUUCUUUCGUGAAUUUUGUAUUCGGUUAGAUUUAAUCAGAUCAAGUGCAUGAAACGUAGAUUGAAGUAGUGUAGCGAAAUACUCAAGAAAAUUACGUUUCCGGGACGUGAAUUCGAUUUUCCCUCGGAUGUUACUCGCGUGUUGUUAAAGCCGGCGUUUUCCUCACUCGAUAAUUUGGAAAAUGACUGCUGCCAAUUCCACACCACAAAAAACUACUAAUAGCCGUCCAUCCAGUGUAGAAAGAAAAUCACAACUCAUGGACCACCAACAAAGUGACACAAUUCAUUGGUUUGCUCAAGUCGGUGAUGACCGCGAUUCCGCUUCAGUAGCAUCGCGAGAUAGGGACGAGAAAUUACGUUUGAUUAAAGAACGCCAAAAUGAGGAAAGACAAAGAAAAAUUGAAGAGCUCAAAGCUCAAGCAGAGGCAGCUCAAAAAUAUCGUGAACAAAAAGAAGAGGAAAGAAAACGUAAAAUUGAAGAGUUAAGAAAUCGCGAAACUGAUAGAAGACUUCAGGUUGAGGAACGUAAAAAGGCAAUUAUGGAGGCAGAACGAGAAAGACGUGAAUAUAUUGUAAGAAGAAAUCAGGAACGUGACGCUAAACUUGAUAAUAAAAGGCGAAAUGAGAGAAGUUCUGUAUACGCAUUUGGCUCGUCUACACCUCGAUUACUUGACCCUGCAGAACUUGGUACUCUUUCGCAAAGUACUUAUUGGGGACAUAGAAGAUCAACUUCAAUAACAAAUGUCGCUUACACUGGUGCUCCUUUAUCACGACGUAGCUCUGAACGAGAGCUGGCCGAUGGUUCAAAGAAGCGUGCAACAUCAGCCGGCGGAAUAGACAGGCAAAAUGAAGAUCGACGAUUUAAAUCCACAUCAAUGUAUGAGGUGUUUAAUUGGGGCUAUUUAAACGAUGAGCCACCAAAAAGAUUAAAUUUAUCAUUUGCUGCAACAGAAAUUAAUAUUGACGGACCGACGAAAUAUACAAAUAUAAGAAAUAAUACUAAGGAGGAUAUAACUGAUUCGCCUCCGAUUUCAUAUCGCAGUGUAGCUAGAAGAAAGACAGAUCUAAUGCCUACGAUUCCUAGUCCAAGAGAAUCGAGUUUUGGAUCGAAAACAUCUCUACACAGCCACACUCCUCGAACACCAGGACGUGCUGUGUCAAUGACUCGAUUGGAUCAGCUAGCUCAGCCAAUUCGAAGAAACGGAGAACAUAUUCGUGCCGUGAUCGAACGCGAGCGUCAACAACAAUAUGGAUUAAUAUCAAAUACAAGUCCGAAUACCCUUACCCAAACUUCCCCCACCACCGUCACUGCGCCUAAAAGUAUGUCACGCAGUAUGACUCACUUAGCUGGAACUAAGCAAGUUUAUAGCAAUAAGCAUAUUAACGAUAACAGUCAUAUGAUUGGAGGACAGCAUUGUAUGAUGCGUCCUUUGAAAAAGAAUGAUACUAGUAGAAGCAUGACGCAACUUACAUCUGCCAAUCGCAUUAUUACUACUACAACUACUACUAAAAAAAUCACUGCUGCUCGUUCGGCAAGAUACGAGAGAAAAGAUGAUGCACCAUCUAGUUUGGCUUCAACAGGCUCCCGCUCGGGAGAUGUUACUCCAGGAGGUAGCAUUAACACUUCUAGACCGGGAAGUGCAAUGUCCACAUCCACAACAGCCUCAGGUUUGGUGCAAAGGAGGUCGGUGGGUACAGUACGUAAACCACGUCCUGCUAGUAUAGCUGUUACUGGUGUUUCGUUGAAUGAUGAAAUUAAUAAACAUAAGAAGGAGAAACCUCCAUUACCCAAAACACAUAGCACUCCGAAACGUAUUAACAAUAAUUCCAAUGCAAUGUCUAAGUCAAUGACUGUUGAGACUCCAAAAACAAAUGAAAAACGAUCUUCAGCUAAGAAGGAUACCCCAACACCUAAACCUCGUGCACUUUUACAACAGUUAACUGACAAUGUAACCGAAAAAACUACAACCGAUAGUGUUACUAGCGUAACAGAAUCAGAGACAACUGUCGAAACGAAAACUAUUGAAAAAGAACCGACGGCAGACAUACCUCAAACGAAAGAAGAAAAGGAAGCAUUAAAUGCAGUCAAAACUGAAGCAAACGCUGCUGGCGAUGUCGUAGAAGUUACAAAAGAAAUUGUCACUGAAAUCAAAACCGAGACGCAAGUACCGUCUGAGAUGACACCGACUGAAGAAAAGGUCGACACUGACACAGAAAAGGACAAGGAAAAGGAGAAAGAACCGUCGCCUCCUAAAUCAGGAAGUGAAACGCGUGAAUUAUCAGCAGAACGGCAAGAUAAUGAAAUGACGGCUUCAAUGAUUGCACGCAAAAUCACUACUGAAGAACAAGCCAAGGCUGCCUUGGCUGAAAAGCGACGAAUCAUGCGAGAGGAGGCAGAGCGUCAAGCUGAACUUGAGAGACAACGUCUUGAAGCCGAACGACAAGCUGAACUUCAGCGCCAAGCAGAAGAGGAAGAAAGACAACGGAAAUUCGAGGAGGAAACCUUACGACUAGCUGAAGAACAGAAGAAAGCAGAAGAACAGCGCUUAUUGCAAGCAAUUGAGGAAGCAAAGAAACGUGAAGAAGCUGAACGCUUAAAACGUGAAGAAGAGGAGAAACAGCGAAUUGAACGCGAGGAAGCCGAAAAGAAGGCUAAGGAGGAAGCCGAAAAGCAAAGACUGGAAAUUGCCGAACGUUUGAAAAAGGAAGAGAAAGAACGUGAAGAGCGAAGGAAGCGUGUAGAAGCGAUUAUGUCCCGAACGAGGGCAAAGGGUGGAAACAACACACCCAAUUCCACACCAACGAAGGAAAAUGACAACAAAACCAAUGGCAAUGAAAAAGAAGAAAAUGUAGAGAAAACAAAUGAACAAAGCACAGUAAACAAAGAAACAGAUCCUAAUGCACAGCCCGCAAUUACUGUUCCACAACAAGAGCCACAACAGCCUGCAGAAAUUCAAAUGACGCAAGCAGAACCCCAACCGACCCUACAGUCAGAACCACAAGUAGAACAGCAACCAGCUCAACCGCCUCAGGUAGCACCUCAGCAACAGGAAACACAACCUGAACAACAGCAACCACAAGAGGUGCAACAGCAACCACAAGAGGUUCAACCGCAACCACAAGAGGUGCAACAGCAACCACAAGAGGUUCAACAACAACCACAACAGGUUCAGCAGCCAGAGCCACAGAUGCAGCAAAAGCAACCUGAACCAUUUUCAGAGCAGUGUGCUUAUGAAAAGACUGUUACAGAUAGGGAAAAUGCCUUAAUUAAAUCAUUCUCAAAUAUGAUUAUCGACGAUUCCAAUAAAGUCUUUCAAAAUUUCCAAAAUCCAUUCAUUGCACCGCCAUCUCAAAUGACGAAUGGUAAAACACUGCAAGAACAAAAUCUAUCAAAUGAAACGGUUGUGCAGCCAUCACCCGUGGCGAAUGGCAAUGGUCAUAUUGAAAAUAUUAAUAAAAAUGACACAAACCAAUUAGUCGACUUUUCAACAGAUCAAUUGAUCGAUUUUAACAACGAGUCCCAACAAAUGACCGGCAAUGUUAAUUUUAACAACAAUAGCCUGUCAACGACAACAGGGCCGAACCUAGUCACAUCCGAUAGUCAUGAAAAUAAAGAGAUAUCACUGUUGUGAGGUUUCCAGAGUCGUCUGUCUGUCGGCUAAGAAUGUGGUAAUGAUGUGUGAAUAAAAUAAUAAAAAUAAUAUUUAGAUUCAAGGUUACUAUUGUAAGAGCUAUACGUAUAUUAAAAAAAAACUAAAUAAAACUAUUUCUCUAGUAAAAACCAUAAAAACAAACACUAGUGAAGAUAAAAAAGAUAUCCAUCAUCUUUUCUCUACAUAUUCUAACUGCAAAGAUAUUGCUAUUGAAAGAAAAAUGCUAGAACGUGAUCGCGAGCGCAGGUAACUAAUAACAUUAAUAUUAUUUCGCAACGUGUUAGUGACGAAGCAACAACAAUAAUAAUUUAGUGAGAAUCCAAGGAAACGAAAAAUAAUAAAAUGAUAAACAUUACAGAUAUAGAUAUGCAUAUAUGUACUAUUCUUUACAUUGUAUUACUAUUUGUUCGGAUAUUUAGCACAAAAUGCAUUUUGUAUCCAAGAUGGGAGAAGUGGGCGAAAAAUAAAAGCAAAAAAUGAAUGGAAAUAAACAUGAUGAGAUUCCUUUUUAUUAUUCAUAUUAUAUUAUUGUAGUAUUUAUCACAAAUAAAGGAAGCAAGUAAGCGAAAAUAGAAGGAACAAAAAUUAAAUGCUAUUUCCAAUAGAAAAGAAAAACAAUUUACAGACAACAUGAAAAAUAUAUUUUUAAUAAAAUAGCGACACUAGUAUACAGGGAAUUUAUAUGGGAGCUUUUUUGAUUCGCACCUUUUCGCAUAAAAAUUCUAGAAGUCUUAAUCAAUGAAUCAAAAUUUAGACAGAAUCUAGAGUGGUUACUUCCUAUAAUAUUCCCUUGCUUUCAUGGUGAUAGGAGUCCGCCAAGGACGCAGCUGCUGAAAAUCACCAACAUUUAGAUGCAUCAAAUUGAGAAAUGAAUAUUAAUGGGUCGGUUCUCUAUUAACUAUUUCAAUUGAAAGAAAAAAUGUAUAAAAUCCACUGCUAUAACUGUUAAUACACAAUAACGUGAAUGGAACAAUAGUUCAUAAUUAUUGUUUAGUGUGUAUAACCAAUCUGCGAUAAGUUCUAUCGUGUUUGGGUUGAAUGUUUUGUAAUCGUAUAUAAAAUUUGUUUACCUUUGCUCCUAGAGUUGUUUUUCGUUAGGGAACGUACACUUUGAUCCGAUUUCCAAUCACUUUCAUCUGUCGUAUGAUUCUAAUUGGAUAUUUAGAAGAAAAAUGAAGCACGGUUGGGAGGAAAGAAUCAGAUAUUUUUGAUAGAAGAUUAAUCCAAGUCGGGGUUUUCACAGUAAUUAAAAAUUUAAGUGAAAUGAAAUGAAAAGUGCACUUUGUUGAAAUAAUUGAUCCAUAUUAUUGUAUAGUAUUAUAAAUUUAUUCGAAAUUUUUUGGCAAUCCUCUUUCGUACGGUUUGAUUAUUAUUUCUGAGUAGUUAUCAUGCCAGCAGUCGUUAUGCCGCUAGUAUUACUAUUAUCUAAGCCAAACUUGCAUGGAACCGAUAUUCUUUGAACACACAUCAUAGAAAUGAAAACUACUGCCUAGCCGACGCGCCGCGCAGAUAUCGAUUUAAACAGUGCUUAGACGAAAUCGCAAACAAUAACUGCAAUGUAUUUCUUCAUGUUGUCUAAUUUUUUAAAUAAAGUAAUCCUUUGUUAUAAUAAAUAUAUUUAUAACUAAUUUUUUACAAUCAUAUUUAUUUGAAACGAAAUAUAAAAGAAAAGUAAUCAUUUUGUUGUAAUUUAUUAUUAUCAACUGUCUAUUAUUGGAAAAAGUAAUUACUUUCUUUUAAUUUAUAAUCAUAGUAAAUAUCAAAAUCAUUCUUAUGCCGUUUGUAUCAGAUAAUGUAGGAAGAAACUACAACAUUCAAUUCAAAGAUAAAACAUAAAUUUCUAAAGAAAAACCACAAGCGUCGUUGAAAUUUUUGCAAAAGCAAGAAACAAAAAUCCAGUUAGUAAUUUUCGGAAUCACAUAUAACACAUAUUUACAGUAAUAAAAAGUGGUAAUUUUUAAUGGAAAAAUUGUAUUAAACCUUAUUUAAAAGAAAUUAAAUCAAAAUAAUAAAUUUAAGUCGUGAAAGUGGGAAAAAAGUAUAUAAAAAUUGUGUAUAUCUAUUCUCUACAGACAUUUAAAAACAAUAUUUAUCUUGCUAACAUCAACAACAAACGAAAGAAACAUCUAUUAAAUAAAAGUUUAUUGUACUAUUGUAUGACAUUUUAUGCGAGAUGCUUGUAAUAAAAUGCAUUACAUGUAAUA